CAAAAAACGAUGCCUUAAGAAGAUAACUAUGGAUAAAUAUAUUAAAGUACGCAAGAUUGGAGAAGGAUCCUUUGGGAAAGCAUUUCUUGUCAAAGCUAAAGAAAAUGGCCAACAGUAUGUUAUUAAAGAAAUUAACAUCUCAAAGAUGUCAAAUAAGGAGAGAGAAGAAUCAAGGAGAGAAGUUGCUGUGUUGGCUAACAUGAAACAUCCAAAUAUUGUCCUGUAUAGGGAGUCAUUUGAAGAAAAUGGCUGCCUCUACAUAGUGAUGGAUUACUGUGAAGGAGGAGAUCUAUUUAAGAAAAUAAAUGCCCAGAAAGGAAUCUUAUUCUCUGAAGAUCAGAUUCUAGAUUGGUUUGUACAAAUCUGUUUAGCACUCAAACACAUACAUGAUAGAAAAAUCUUGCAUCGGGACAUAAAGUCACAGAAUAUAUUUUUAACCAAAGAUGGAACAAUACAACUGGGAGAUUUUGGGAUCGCCAGAGUUCUUAACAGUACUGCAGAGUUGGCUCGCACUUGCAUAGGAACACCAUACUAUUUGUCACCUGAAAUAUGUCAGAACAAACCUUACAACAAUAAAAGUGAUAUCUGGGCCCUUGGUUGUGUUCUCUAUGAAAUGUGCACACUUAAACAUGCGUUUGAAGCUGGUAACAUGAAGAACUUGGUACUGAAGAUAAUCUCUGGACCUUUUCCUCCUGUUUCUACACAUUACUCCUAUGACCUACGCAAUCUGUUGUCACAGUUAUUUAAAAGGAAUCCUAGGAACAGACCAUCAGUCAACUCCAUAUUGGAGAAAAACUUUAUAGCCAAACGGGUUGAAAAAUUUCUCACACCACAG